AUGGUAAUCGCAUUUCCCCAGUUCUCGAGACUGCCGCAACAAAUCCAAGAUGACAUUUGGAAAUUCACUAUGGUGCACACUUUGCCCUGCGUGCAGCCGGUCGGGCUUUACCCUUUCCCCCCUGAACACUGGCUCGAAAAGCAAGGUCGGGCUGUGGGGAACCCGGAAACGGUGCAUGACCCAGAGCACAUCAACGUGAUAAAAAAACAAGGCGAGACGUUGACGUUCUUGCUGCCCCGUCCCGAAAUGGGCCGGCGCUCUGUACACUACCACACCGCCACAGAGACGGCGACUGCGUGCGUAGGCGCACGCCAAGUGUUUAAAGAAAUGCUUGAUGAUCAAGUAAAGAAUGAAGUUGAGAACCUGAGUCGCGCUGCUGCUGACCCCAACACUCAAUACCCGUGGGAAACUGACGAGAGCCAAACUCCCUCGAUCAUCUUUGCCAUGAACACACCGCGUUCACAAGACGAGCAAAAGCCCGUGUGCUCAUCAUUAUCGGACCUGGCCAUCAGCUCAAGGGCGCCACACGGGACCUUCCCCGUCCCCUUUAACCCAAUGGUUGACAUUCUAUGGCUAGAUUGCCCCUUUGUAGCAGGCAGCCACUAUGAUCUCACCCAUAAAGGUUGGGAGCCAAUCGAUGACGAGAACCCAUCCUUGGCUUUGAGUUCAGGGCUUGUUUCCGCGGGCUAUUACAGCAGCCGCCUGGUGGAGGUCCGUCGACUUGCCGUUGAAUUUGACAAGGAGCAGUUCAGAAACAUGUGUUUUGAGUGCUAUAAGACGAGGGUGGGACGUAGGAGAUACCUUGAUUGGCUCGAGGCAUUCCGGGAGACAACGUCCCCUGAGAGACAGCUGACUCACCAGGUCUGCUUGCUCUGUAGUGUGCUGGAAACCCCAGAGUUUGCACACCUCUCGGACGGGCAGAAGCAAGAAGUCAAGGGCUGGCUGAAGUACUGCAAAAUUAGACAUCUUGUUGUGGCAAUCAAGGAGGGGACGUGCACCAAUAAUAGCCUGUCGAUCAUAUACGAUUGCGAUUCACCAUGGAGCAACGGGUGGCGAUAUGGAGGCCGGUUGACAAAGGACAACUUGACGUGGUAUCAUGUCAACAGAUGGUGGCCAAGGGAAGAGCGGCUCGAGACAUUCGACUUGGAGGCUUUCCGUCAGGCCUUUCCCAUAGUGGAAAAGGUGUACGCCGCGAUACGCCGUGAAGGCAAUGGCAAAGAUCACCCGCUUUACGCCUGCCUUGCCGACUUCAACGGCGAUACGUUAGCCUUCUACAACAACAUAUGUGCGGACUGGUGGUACUUCGGUGACAAGAUCUAUUCAAGCUACUACCCAUGGAGAUACGAUGAAACAGCCCAAGGCACCAUCUGUUUUGCGAGAGAUGAAAACCGGCGCCUGCACGAGCGCGGGUGGUGCGAUGAGGCCGGAGCGGUCGGCGAAUUCUGGCCGCUGAGGCCCGGUGCCAGCAUCCCGCCAGGAAGGCAGACAUUCCAAGGGAAUGGCUGUAUCUACGUCGAGGUACGCGAACCUGUCAAUCGUUCUCUAGAAGCUGGCGGCGUGGACGGCUUUUGGCAGUAUCCUGACGGCGGUCCCUGGAUGGAAAACGUAUUUAGUUUUGCGCGUCACCUGUCUCAACGCAUGGACGGACACCAGAGAAGACUCCGCUCUCGUUUGAGGACGGACGCGACUGGCGGGGGGCUUGAUGGAACUUCGGAUCGGUUUAUUGAGGCUUGGACAGCUCGCGGAGUGGAUUCUCCUCAGAACCGUGCAGUGCACACCGGCAGAGUGCCAGAGGUCAAGGUGCUGGCUAUCGUGGAGUAA